AUGGCGGACGCGUGCGCGGACGCGCUCGCGGCGGUGACGCUGCGCGCGCACGCGUACUCGCGCGUCACGGGACGGACGUCCAUCGAGGACGUCCUGCGAACGCCCGCGGCGACGCUGGUGGGGAAGACGAUCGUCGUCGGGGGGUGGGUGAAAACGGGACGCGAGGCGGAGCGAGGAACGCUGUUGUUCAUCGCGCUGAACGAUGGAAGCGGGCCGGGGAACUUGCAGUGCGUGGUGCGGAGUGAGACGUACGCGCUGAGUGAUCUGAAGACGACGGGGACGUCGGUGGUGCUGGAGGGGGAGCUCAGGGAACCGCCGGAGAGCGCGACGGGACAAACCAUCGAGCUGCACGCGACGCGGGUGCUGAUGUGCGGGACGUGCGAUGGGGCGACGUAUCCGAUCGCGAAAAAGAAGCAAACGUUGGAGUAUCUGCGGGAGAAGAUUCACCUGAGACCGAGGACGAACACCAUCGCGAGCGUGGCGCGGGUGCGAAGCGCGCUCGCGUUCGCGACGCAUAGUUUCUUCAAUCAGAACGGAUUCUUGUACGUGCACACGCCGUGCAUCACGCAGAGCGAUUGCGAGGGCGCUGGGGAGAUGUUCCAAGUCACCACCAUGCUCAGCUCUGCGGAGAAACCGGAGGCUUUGGAGGCGGCGGUAAAGCCGGAGGAAUUGGAGGCCAAGCGCGGCGAAGUCUCCGCCUCUGGCGCAGGCAUCAAGGCGAUGAAGGAGAGCGGUGCCGACUCGAAGGACGUGAAGAAAGCCGUCAAGGCAAUGGACACGCUCAAGCAAGAGUUGGCGCAGAUGGAACACGCGUCUCGUAAGAUUGGUGGUCUUCAGCGCACCGAAGACGGCUCGAUCGACUACUCUGAAGAUUUCUUCGGCGGCAAAUCUUUCUUGACCGUCUCAGGGCAGCUUCAAGUCGAGACGUACGCGUGCGCGUUAUCCAACGUGUACACGUUCGGGCCGACUUUCCGCGCCGAAAACUCUAAUACGACGCGUCACUUGGCUGAGUUCUGGAUGAUUGAGCCAGAACUCGCGUUCGCGGAUUUGCAGGACGACAUGCAGUGCGCGGAAGACUACGUCAAGUUCUGCUGCAACUACCUCCUCGAACAUUGCUUGGGUGACCUCGAGUUCUUCGCCAAGAUGUACGACUCGACGUGCAUCGAUCGCGUGCGCCAAAUCGCGACUACGCCGUUCGGUCGCGUGUCGUAUACGGAAGCCAUCGAACUCUUGGAGAAGGCUGUGGCAGAUGGUCACGAGUUCGUCUUCCCGGUGUCGUGGGGCAUUGAUCUCGCCACCGAGCACGAACGUUGGCUCGCCGAGUCGCACUUCAAAAAGCCGGUGAUCGUGUACAACUACCCGAAGGACAUCAAGGCAUUCUAUAUGCGCCUGAACGACGACAACAAAACCGUCGCCGCCAUGGACGUUUUGGUUCCGCGCGUCGGUGAACUCAUCGGUGGCAGUCAGCGCGAAGAGCGCCUCGACGUCUUGGAGCGUCGCAUGAAGGAAUCUGGUCUCGACCCGGAAGAUUACUCCUGGUAUUUGGACUUGCGCCGUUUCGGCACUGUCACGCACUCCGGUUUUGGUCUCGGCUUCGAGCGCUUGAUUUUGUUGUGUACCGGGAUGGACAACAUUCGCGACGUUAUUCCUUACCCGCGUUGGCCGAACAACUGCAUCAGCUAA